AGUGAGCACUAAUAGAAAUCAAACACAGCAGUGACCGCACAAUUUUACGAAUCCAAUCAAAAUCCGUACAGUCCAAGUAGAAACCGCAUCUUUAUAUACGAAUCCAAUCACAAUCACCUCUUCAAAUAAUUCCCAAGCCUCAACUUCUAACAACGACGUCGUCGCGUAUGGUGCCCAAACAUACUCACAGCAUCUUUCCCUACACUGACCACCGCUUUCUCCACCAAAGGAGUCUCCUCGCCGCCGCGCCACGUCAGAUUCCGGUCAGCUUCGUAUCCGUGCCCUCACGGGAUGGCUUCGAGCGCGACGCUCUACCAGAUUCUGGGAGUCCGCGCCGUCGCAUCCGGCGAGGAAAUCAAGGCGGCGUACCGGCGGCUGGCGAGGGUUUGCCACCCUGACGUGGUGCCGUUGGAGCGAAGGGAUUCCUCUGCGGCAGAGUUUAUGAAGAUCCACGCCGCAUACCGCACGCUAUCGGAUCCUGAGAAGCGGGCCAGUUAUGAUAGAAGCUUGUUCCGGCGGCGCCAGCGGACGCUAACAAUGUCUCCGUCGGGGUAUUGUGGCUAUGGUGGUCGGAACUGGGAAACGGACCAAUGUUGGUAGCGAGUUGACUAGUGAGUCCACAAAUUGGAUCUAGGGUGUACUUAUUUAAUGCUUUAGAGUCUUUAUGUAAGCAGUAAUUUUUAUUUCUUUUACUUGCAAAAAGGAUAGACAAUAGUUGAAAGACAAAAAUAUAAGUGUAUGUAUUUUAAAUAACUUUGUUUUUUUUAUUGACUUAACCCACAAUUUAGACUGUGAAAUUAUUUGGGGAGAUUUAUGCUUAUAUAGAGAGAGAGUUUGAUCAUAAUUUUUGAAGGACCAAAGUAGUGGAAAAAAUGUUCAUUUAUUAAAAAAAUUCUUAGACCACUAUCUAACCCAAUGAUUUAA